AAAAUCCCCAGUUUUAUCGAACUGUUUUCCCCUUUAAAGUAACGCCAACGGCUACAAAUCUACCAUAAAAGUAUAAAACCCAUCAUUUUCACUCCCCGAAAUAAUUCUUAAAAUUUAAAAUCACUAUCCCAACCCUAAAAAGCUCCUUUGUCUUUCUCUCUCCUCCUGUUCUUCUUUUUUCUCUCUCCUAAACUUGCGAAAUCCCGAAAAUGAGAGAGUGCAUUUCGAUCCACAUUGGUCAAGCCGGGAUUCAAGUCGGUAACAAUUGCUGGGAACUCUACUGUCUUGAGCAUGGGAUCCAGCCGGAUGGGCAAAUGCCGAGUGAGAAGACGGGAGCAGGAGGUGAUGAUGCAUUCAAUACGUUCUUCAGCGAUACUGGGGCUGGGAAGUACGUUCCUCGAGCGAUUUUCGUCGAUCUAGAACCGACAGUCAUCGACGAGGUUCGAACUGGGGCGUAUCGUCAGCUUUUCCACCCACAGCAGCUUAUUAGUGGCAAAGAAGAUGCUGCUAACAACUUUGCCCGAGGACACUACACUGUUGGAAAAGAGAUUGUGGACUUGUGCUUAGACCGCAUCAGGAAGCUCGCUGAUAACUGCACCGGUCUUCAAGGCUUUCUAGUUUUCCAUGCUGUUGGCGGUGGUACUGGUUCUGGUCUUGGUUCUCUACUCUUGGAGAGGCUAUCAGUUGACUAUGGAAAGAAAUCAAAAUUAGGCUUCACAAUAUACCCGUCUCCUCAAGUUUCUACCUCUGUUGUUGAGCCAUACAACAGUGUGUUGUCCACUCACUCCCUUCUAGAGCAUACUGAUGUUUCCAUUCUUCUUGAUAACGAGGCAAUCUAUGAUAUCUGCCGCAAGUCACUUGAUAUUGAGAGGCCUAGCUAUACCAAUCUGAACAGACUGAUUUCACAGGUUAUUUCUUCAUUGACAACCUCACUUCGGUUUGAUGGUGCACUGAAUGUGGAUGUGAACGAGUUCCAGACUAACUUGGUCCCCUACCCUCGCAUUCAUUUCAUGCUUUCUUCAUAUGCUCCAGUUAUAUCUGCUGAGAAGGCCUUCCACGAGCAACUAUCAGUAGCAGAGAUCACGAACAGCGCGUUUGAGCCGAGUGCUAUGAUGGUAAAAUGUGAUCCCCGACACGGGAAGUACAUGGCUUGCUGUUUGAUGUACAGGGGAGACGUGGUCCCUAAGGAUGUGAACGCUGCUGUUUCCACAAUCAAGACAAAGAGAACCAUUCAGUUCGUGGACUGGUGUCCUACGGGUUUCAAGUGCGGUAUCAACUACCAGGCCCCAACUGUGGUGCCCGGAGGUGACUUGGCCAAGGUUAAGAGGGCAGUGAGUAUGAUCUCUAACUCAACCAGUGUUGCUGAAGUGUUCUCGAGAAUCGAUCACAAGUUUGAUCUUAUGUACGCCAAGCGAGCCUUUGUUCAUUGGUACGUUGGUGAGGGAAUGGAGGAAGGAGAAUUCUCCGAGGCAAGAGAGGAUUUGGCAGCAUUGGAGAAGGAUUAUGAAGAAGUUGGGGCUGAAGGUGUUGAUGACGAGGAGGAUGAUGGUGACGAGUAUUAAGAGUACUACUACUAUGAUACUAUCUAGGUUGGCUGUUUUAAAGUAAUGCACAUUAGUAUUGAGUUUUUGAGUAACUAAAACUAGGGUGUGUGUGUAUCUGAGGAUUUCCAAUGGGCUCAUUGGGAAUUGACUGCAUGGGAAGGCGUUGUGCGGAUUGUGUUUCAGUAGAAAACACAGUGGAUAUAUUUUCUUUGAUUUUUAUCGUGGUUGCUUUCAUCUCUUAUAACAAUGUUUGUCCCCGCCCUGCGGAUUUAGCGACUAUUUGUGCAUUUUAUAUUGUUUCAUUUGUUGUGUGAAGUUCUACUUGUCGAGACAAUUUAAGUCAAUGGUCCUUCUAUUUCCGAAUGAUUGUAAGUAACAUUGAACUCCAGUUCUUUUAUUAUUCGUUUCUUGGUAACA